AUGUCUUUGAAUUUAGAUUGUUUUAAUAAUUAAUACAAUGGAAUUUCAUGAAGAUAGUAGUAAAAAUAAGAAUAUAAAGAACACAUCAAAAAGUAAAAAAAAAUUUUCUCGAAGCAAAAAAAGAAAAUGGAAUGGUAUUGUUUCAAAACGACCAAAGUUUACUGUGAUACCUUGUGUUAUUGGUGAAUCCCUUCAAUCAUCCUCAGCAAAAAAGAUUCCUUAUGCUGUUGAUCAGUCUAACUCAGAGGGUUUGGUUGAUAAUAUUGAAUACUUUUUCUUAUUUCUUCAUUUUAAUGUGUUAGCAAAUAUUUGUCGUGAACUUAUACCAUGUCCUGAUUGUGCUGCUGACGUUGUUGUUAUUGAUCAACAUUUAAAACGAAUGGGUUUUGCACAUUGUAUUCUUAUAAAAUGUUCAAUAUGUGAUUGGAUGAAACCUUUUUAUACAUCUCCUAAGACUUCCUAUAAUCUAAAAAGUGAUUUUAGAGGUCGCAAAACAUUUGGUGUAAAUGCCCGAGCUGUAAUUGGUUUUCGGGAAAUAGGUUGUGGAUUUUCAUCUAUGCAGAAAUUUUCCUCUAUCAUGAACUUGAAGUCCAUGGCAUCAUUCUCUUUUAAACUGUUGAACAAGAAUUUAAUGACAGCCUACAAAAAUGUUGCAGAGAGUAGUAUGGAACGUGCUGCUGAAGAAGCUCAAAAAAUAGAUUUAGCUGAUAACAUAAAAUGUACAAGUUUCCAUUGACGGUUCCUGGCAAAAAAGAGGACAUGCCUCUUUGCAUGGGGUAGUAACUGCGAUAUCAGGUGAUAAGUGUUUGGAUAUGGUAGUAAAGUUAAAGCACUGCUUUGGAUGCAAAAUGUGGGAGAAUAAAAAAGGUUCACUUGAAUAUGAUAAGCUUGAAUGCGUUGGACAUGUGCAGAAACGAUUUGGAACCCGAUUAUGCAACCUUGUUAAAUCUUACAAGGGUACAAAAACUCCUGUCUCUGUAAAAGGUCAACUGACGGAUAAAUGUAUUGAUUCCAUGCAAAAUUAUUAUGGUAUGGCAAUUAGAUCAAACCUUUCCAAUGUUUAUGCUAUGAAAAAAGCCAUAUAUGCAAUACUGUUUCAUUUCACAAACACAAAUGAUCCGCUUGAGCUUCAUAAAUUUUGCCCUCGAGAUACCAACAGUUGGUGCAAGUACUGGUCCAAGGGCCAAAAGGAUUAUAAACCCUCCAAUACAAUCCCUUUUUGGAUAAAGAGUCUUCUUCUACCGAUUUUUAAGAAUUUAAUGGAUGAAGAUUUGUUAAAAAAAUGUGUGCAUGGAAAAACCCAGAAUGCAAAUGAGGCCCUAAAUGGACUCAUAUGGUCAAGGUUACCAAAAACUGUAUUUGUUGGCAGAGAAACCAUAGAAAUGGGUGUAAAUUCAGCUAUUAUUCAUUUUAAUGAUGGACGCAAAGGAAUAUUGAAGGUUUUAGAACACUUGGUUUGAAAGGGCAAAUUUCAAAGGCAACUGCAACAAAUUUAGAUAAUUCACGCAUUAAGCAAAUGGAAAAGAAGUUAACGACUGCAGAGAAAAAGCAUAGAAAAAGAUUGCGAGCUAGAAAAAAAGGAUUUUUUGAUAAAAUGAAUGAAAAAGAUACUGUCUAUUCCUAUCAAACUGGUGCUUACUGAGGAGAUUAUUUAUUUAUACUUAUUUUUUUAACAUUUUAUUUUUGUUUUGCAUUUUUCUCUGUUUUCAAUUUUUUGCAUACUUGCUAUAACUCAAAACAUGAUAACUCGAGAUAGAGUUGAGCAUUUGACUUGAAA